CCUGAAAGCGCCGAUUCGGUCAGCAUGGGACUCCAGGACUUCUUCCAGAUUGAUGAUUGGGAAAUCAGCACGCAUAACGAAGCCCACAAUCGAGAUCUUUCUUGGCUCAAUUCCCAAGUCGCAGAGCUCGAGAAGUCUGAGGUCAGAAUCAUCAUCUUUUCACACUGGAGUCCGACGAGAGAUGCACGCGCAUCUGAUCCAAGGCAUGCACAGAGCCCAAUCACCAGCGGUUUUGCCACGGAUUUGUCAAAGGAGGACUGCUUCAAAAGCGCCAGAGUCAAAAUCUGGGCAUUUGGUCACACGCACUACAACUGUGAUUUCAGCGUUGAGAGGGAAGGCGACGCAGAGCCCGUGAGGCUAAUUGCUAAUCAGCGAGGAUAUUACUUCGCGCAGGCAGCAGCAUUCGAUGAGAAUAAAGUCAUUGAGAUAUGA